AUGGCCUUCGCUCCCUUCUCCCCUUCUCCAAAACCUCCACUCGCUCUUCCAUUCAAAAGACAAAAUCCUUUAUCUCCUCUCUUCAACUUCCCGACCACCUCUCUUCCUGUAGCCGGAUCCCUAACCGCCGGCCAACGACCACCACGGUCCCUUUUUCUGACGGCGGUAUCACCAUGGGGGAUCAGAGUCUCCGGGGAGAACAUGGAUGCUGAUCUUUACUGCUCAGGUGUGAGUCGGAGUCAGCUGGAUAAGGGGAGUUACUUCCCCCUCACUGCAGUGCAGCGAUUUGAUGCGGCGGCUAAAAUAAUUGAGAAUGGAAUCUAUCUAGGACCAAUUGGGUGUCUUACAUUUGAAGGAAAGUUCUCAUGGAAGAAGAACAUGUUAGCUUUUUUGUUCGAGUGCCUGAGAAUAAAAGUUGGUCCUUGUGGUCCUCUUGAAAUAAGCUUGGGAAAGCAGGAGCGAGAGCCAACAACGGCUAAGGACCCUUUCUUCAUUUGGUUUUACAUUGAUGAUGAGAUAGCUGUUGCUCAAGGCAGAGGUGGAGGUUUUGCAUUUUGGUGUCGAUGCCGGCGUGUCGACAAAUCCUAACUACAUGUAUGUGUAUAUUCAUUGUACAUUUUAGAAAAUGUGCAUUAUGUAGUUGCCCAAAUAUUUGAUAUUUAUAUUUCUAGUAUUUUAGUGUCAUA